CUCCUUAGUGUGUGAAUGAGGCACAGCCACGCCACCUCAGAUCCUGAUGUAGCAUUAGCGAACUGAGCUCACGACAAAUGGCCGUCUGCUUUCUGUCUUUGUGUGGGAAGAAAACCGUCAAUUUAGCUACUUUACCGACAAAACUCUGCAGAGUCAGCACUCGUUUUGGCUUCUCCAGCACUGCUGCAGAGAGGCGCACUACGGGAGACGACUGCCACAAUGAUGACGGUGAUGAUGAGCAAAGUCUCUCUGUAACACAUGUCAGGAUGUUAGAGAUGAAAGCCAACAAGCUGGAGGAGCAGGUCCGGGAUCUCACUCAACGUUACAAAAGGGCUUUGGCUGACUCGGACACCGUACGGAGAAGAACUCAGAAGUUUGUGGAGGACGCAAAGACCUUUGGGAUUCAAAGUUUCUGCCGUGACCUAGUGGAGGUGGCAGACCUGCUGGACAAAGCUGCAGGAGGCAUUAAUGUACAGGGCACACAGAAUCUGACUGAAAUUAAAAACAAACUGCAGCAGGUGUUUUCCAAGCAUGGGCUGGAGAAGAUGAGACCUGUGGGUGGUGCAUACGACCCCUACCUACAUCAGAUAGUGUGCCAUAUGCCAGCUGAAGGACUCGAACCUGGAAUCAUUGCCACUGUGAAGCUAGAUGGUUACACGCUACACGGGCGCACUAUUCGCCAUGCGCAUGUGGGGAUCGCUGUAAAAACACAGGACUCUUGAUUACUCAUGAAUCAUUUUGUAUUGACUUUACUCUUGUCUGUUUUCUGCUUUCUUCCAAAUUAUUGUUCCCAUACAGGAAAUUUGGGAAUAUGUUUGUGUACAUGCACACACACACAUGCACCUAAAUAUAUAUGUAAAUAUAGCAAUUUUGCUUUGCUCUUUUAAACACUGCAUGGUAUUAACAUUUGCCUCAGAUGAUCAGAGCCCAAAUGUGAGGUGCUUAAGUACAAGAGUGACAAAAACAUGGCCUUGAUUCAUUUGUAAUGCGAACGCCAAUGUAACCUGAUCCGUCCCUGUUUAAUCUCUUUAUUUCUAAUCUAUACAUGUUCAUACCAGCCAUUCAAAUCUCCUCUUAUAUGCAUGCCUUAUUUUCUUGCCAUUCACAAAAUAAUAAUUUGCUAAUAGUGUCAGUAGAUUGGUCCUCACAUUCACAUUGUGUGUGUGUGUGUUGUUUUUUUUAAAUUAAAGUAAGUUAUGGGACAGUUUUAGCACCUUGGUGCCAAAUUGAAUUGGGCCUGUGAUAAUUGUUCAGUUAUGUAGUUUACAAUAAGUUUUUAUUUUAAUUUAUUGCAGCUUACAAGUUUGUUUCUUGAACAUAUUGUUUUGUUACAUUUUGUAUUAUUGUAUUAUCACAUUUUUAUAUAUAUAUAGAUAUAUAUAUAAAUAUAUAUAAUUUUUGUGGUUCAUUCAUUAAGUGGAACUGAAAAUAAGACAGUAUUUGUAUUUUGUGGUUCUUUCAUUAAUUGGAACUGAAAAUAAGACAGUAUUUGUAUAUGUGAGGACAAACGGCCAACCGUAAUGAAAACUGGCUUAUAUUUAUUUGUAUCUUUAUUUGAAAUGUCACCCACUGGACCUUGUUUUUGGGAUAAAUUGAAUUUCCUUUUUUUCCCUUCCUUGGAUUAUUAAAAUAUUUAAACCCCCCUUGUUAGUAUAGAUACAAAGGCUUUGCACUAUGAUAAUAUUUGUAUUUCAUAUAAUUUUCACCUUCUAUAUGAUGGAAGAAGAAGGACAAAAUGAGUAAUGUUGCUUUUUUUCUGUUGAACAAACUGAAAAUUUGUAAACAUUUAUGGUUUUGUGCCUUAAUGAUAGAUCAAGAUUGUCAGAAUAGCGAACUUUAGCAUUUCCUUGAUUAAUAAUUGUCCAGCUUUGAAAAUAUAGUGCACCUUACAUUGGUAUAUGAAGUACACACGAGGUAGAGAGAAACCUGUUUGAUAUUUAUAUUUUAUUGUAAUCUUCAAUUUGGUGUAGUUCACAAUCCUGUGUGAAUUAGACUUAUGCUUGAAGUCGCAUAUGGGAGAUUUGUAUUUUGUGUGCAUAUCAGUGAUGUAUAACAUGUUUAUCAUGCUUUAUUUUUGUCAAAGUAAUAUUAAAAUGUAAAACAACGUGUAAUUA